AUGGCGGAGGUACGGUCGAAGAAGAUGCCGCGGAACAUCGAGCGGCUCGUGCAGCAAAACAACGCGCACGCGGACGCCAUGUCGCACGCGCGGAGCAUCCAGACGGCGGAGAAGGUGGCCACGUGGCACGAGAAGACCGGGAGGCUGCUCGAGAACCCCCCCACGGGGAAGCUGCUUCCACACAUGCAGAACCCGGACAAGCUGGCUCAGGAGCAGGAAGACGCGCUGGCGGCCCUGGAGUCGCGGAGGGAGCGGCUGCGGAACAAGUUCGCGGAGGAACAGGCGGAGCUCGAGCUGGAGCUGCACGAAUAUGGGCUUGCGCUAGCGAAGAACGUAGAGUGA